CUAAGCUCACUAAGAAAAGUCAGCGCGCGACCGAGGCCUUGGGGCGGGUACCCCGGGGCUGUCCUAAUGGGUGGGGCUGGAUGGGCUGGGUGGGUGGCUCCUCCCCCGGCCAGAGCGGCGGGGCAGGACAAGCCCGACCGGCUGUGCGUUGAGGCGGGUGGUACAGCCUGGAGCAACCCGCAGCGGAGGUGGCCCGGACCCUGAACCCCUCCCCACCUCCAGGAAAGAAGGAAGAAAGGAAAGAAAGAGCAAAGCACCACCCCCCAGGAUGACACUGAACACCCAGCAGGAAGCAAAGACCCCCUUGCGUCGUCGAGCCAGCACUCCGCUGCCCCUCUCCCCCCGGGGCCACCGGCCUGGCCUCCUGUGCACAGAGCUCUCAACCGAAUCCCCGCAUGCCCGGUUGGGCCAAUCAGCCUCCCUCAACCCUCCUGCUCGGACCCCAUCACCUGCUCCUAAUGACUGGUCCUCUGAAUCCAGCGACUCUGAAGGCUCCUGGGAGGCCCUCUAUCGCGUGGUGCUGCUUGGAGAUCCUGGUGUAGGGAAGACCAGCCUGGCCAGCCUCUUUGCAGGGAAGCAAGAGCGGGACCUCCAUGAACAGCUGGGAGAAGAUGUAUACAAGAGGACCCUCACAGUGGAUGGGGAGGACACCACACUGGUGGUCGUGGACACCUGGGAGGCUGAGAAACUGGAUGAAAGCUGGAGCCAGGAGUUGUGCCUGCAGGUGGGCAGCGCCUACAUCAUCGUGUACUCCAUCGCGGACCGAGGCAGCUUCGAGAGCGCCUCUGAGCUCCGCAUUCAGCUGCGACGCACACAUCAGGCUGACCACGUGCCCAUCAUCCUUGUGGGCAACAAAGCAGACCUGGUGCGCUGCCGGGAAGUCUCCGUGGAAGAGGGCCGCGCCUGCGCUGUGGUGUUCGACUGCAAGUUCAUCGAGACGUCAGCCACCCUGCAGCACAACGUGGCCGAGCUCUUCGAGGGCGUGGUGCGCCAACUGCGCUUGCGCCGCCGGGGCAGUGCGGCCCGGGAGCCACCAGUGCCCCGACGGCGGGCCAGCCUCGGCCAGCGCGCUCGCCGCUUCCUGGAACGACUGACAGCCCGUAGCGCCCGCCGCCGGGCACUCAAGGCCCGCUCCAAGUCCUGCCACAACCUGGCUGUGCUCUGAGGCCCCCCGUCCUCAUGGGCGUAAGGGACACUGGGGUGCAUC